UCUCAUUCUCACACGACGAGUCAAUACGUCAUUCCGUACUGUGAUUGAGUUUAUUUUCUGUCUCAUAACAAUAAAAUUUCGUUUCCAGAUGGCUAACUGCUGGUGUUAGUCCUUAUUUUUUUCAUUUGUUAGAAAAUUGUGGUUGUUAUUAAUUUUCGUGAACUGUUGCAAAAACCAGUGUUUUGUUGAAUGUUCAUUAUGUGAAUACUUUCUCUUCGUGCUCGAGUGAUUGUGUUGCGAUAUUGACAAUGUCUCAUUUUAGCUAUUUCAACGAAAUAUCAACAUGGAACAAUGCAACACCUGAUCAGGACAACUGUAUGUUGGUGAACACAUCACACAGCGUCAUUAUCACAGACGUUUAUAACGGUAUACCUCAGACUUUGAUACUCAACUUGAUAUCGUGGUUAUGCUUGAUCGUUCUGUUUACUAUUUUGCGACGAACAGCAUGGAACUAUGGGCGAAUGGCGCUUGUACAGCGGACAAAAAGUCGUUGGACAAAUUUGUUUUAUUACCGCGGCGGAGACGGUGACGCUCUCGUCGAUAGGAGGAGAAGCAACGAUGAAUCGACCAAUAUUGAUGAGGGCUUUUUUACGUGGCUCCCUGCUGUGUUUAGCCUGACCCGCGAACAAGUUCUCGCUAAAUGCGGCCCGGAUGCGGUGCACUAUCUGUCCUUCCAGAGACAUUUGAUAACUCUCAUGUUCAUUGUUACAAUAUUUUCUAUAGGUAUUAUUCUACCCAUCAAUUAUCAAGGAAUGAAUAUGGGAAGUAAUUCAACGUUCGCAAGUACUACACUGUCCAACUUGAAUGGAGGUUCUGAUUGGUUGUGGGUUCAUACUCUGAUAAGUAUCUUAUUUUUACCUGUAUCUGUUUUAAUAAUGAGACGCUGCACUGGCCGCAAGCCUGUACCCAAAUCACUAACAGGUACAAUAAUGAUAACAAACAUAUCGAGGGCUGAUAGAAAUGAAUCAACAAUAAGGGCUUACUUUGCUCAUAACUUCCCUCACAUACAAAUUGUUGAUCUGCGACUCGCUUACAAUAUCAAUAAACUGAAUGAAGUACAGGAAAAGAAGGAGAUGGUAACAGAAGCACUUGUUUACUGUGAUACAUAUUUUAAAAAGACAGGGAAGCGUAUCACAGUUAGACCAAAGUGGUGCGGACCUGAAGCAGAUGGUUUGGAUUAUUAUACAGCUGAAGAGAAGAGACUGAAGGAUGAAGCCAAGAGAAAUCGUGCACUGGUCCUCAAUGACCCUCUAAGUAUUGCUUUUUUGACUUUGCCAUCUUAUCAAUUAGCCGAGCAUGUUAUCAAUAAUUUCAGCUUGCACCGUGGUUGGGUGUUAACUCAUGCCACAAACCCAGCAGACAUUAUUUGGGAGAAUUUAAGCGUCCAGCCUGGUGUUUGGUAUAUAAGAGCCAUUUGUGUUAAUUUUUUCUUGUUCAUUGUACUGUUCUUUCUAACAACUCCAGCGAUUAUUGUUAAUCUUUUUAAUACUGUAGUUGUUAAACCUGAAAAUACAGAUAGAGUUAGCUCCAUAAUGUUUGACUUCCUCCCCACCUUGCUUCUAUGGACUAUGGCAGCGGUGAUGCCAGCCAUAGUGUCGUUUUCUGAUAAAUUUCUUUCUCAUUGGACAAGGUCUCAGCAAAACUAUUCUAUUAUGACUAAGACAGUUUCAUUUUUGCUUCUUAUGACCUUAAUUUUGCCUUCACUUGGACUGGCCAGUGCCGACGCUUUCAUACGUUGGACAUUACACCACGAAAACGAUACUAUGCGGUGGGACUGUGUCUUUUAUCCUAACAAAGGGGCAUUUUUCGUUAACUAUGUCAUAACCUCGGGUUUUAUUGGUACAUCUUUAGAAUUGAUCCGUUUUCCGGAACUUUUCCUUUAUGUUUGGUAUUUGUUACAAUCAAAGUCAAAGGCGGAGAAGAGUUAUGUGAAAAAAGCUAUUUUAUACGAGUUCCCAUUUGGAGUACAUUAUGCAUGGAGUAUAGCGAUUUUCUCUAUAGCAAUGGUUUAUAGUCUUGCGUGUCCAUUGAUUUCACCAUUUGGGUUAAUCUAUCUAAUUUUCAAACAUAUAGGAGAUAAACACAACUUGUAUUUCGCUUAUGGUCCUUCUGAUAUGAGUGGUGUUGGGGGAGGCCGAAUCCAUGCGACCGCAGUGCGACUUAUUCGCAUAUCUGUCUUACUUCUUCUAGUGAACAUGGCUGCUUGGGCGGGAUUGAGGUCAGGUUUUGAAGCACGCACUAUAAUAUUGAUAAUGGCAUCUAUCGUCGCGUUUGGCACCUUUUUGUUACUCAGUCCGUUCCCUAGUUGCACGCCCCCAGCGCCCCUGCAAGAGGAGUCUAGUAUAAGAUUCCCUGAAUACGUGGCACCUGUUCUUAAUAAGCCAAUAGACACGACGCCAAUUUCGACUCCUUCCACCCCUGACUAUGGCGCAUCUUCACCUGUAAGUCAACACACUUAUAAUCCAGACACAAUAAAUAUAUAAAGAUGACAACAAAUAACAUCUAGGUACCUAACAAUUAUUAACAUUAUAAUGUGAUUUUUUCAUCUACCGAAAAGAUUACAGUUAGCCCCGUAUCGACGGUGCCUUCGUAUCUCUAAAUAAUCUAAUAUAUCUAUAGUGUCAUUAUGUACAGCAUUAUGUUACUUUGUUGUGUGAUAAUGGACGACAGUGUAGUUUUAUUAAUGUAAAUAAUAUAAUAAUGUAUGCAAUAUUUUCAUAUUAGAUAGCUAUAAUUGCGGCCGAUGAUUGGAAUUUUACGAAUUACGUUUUCCCAUUAGAUCAGAGGGCCUACCAUGAAGUAUUUUCCGAAAUUUCGGGAACGAACGAAACAGAAAUUUGAUGUUAAAAUUACAUAAUACAUGCUGUUUAAAAUUAUUAAAAAAGUUAAAAUAUCGUUCCUUUCGACUAUUAGAAAAGGAUUUAUGAUGAACGAAAUGUUAAGCUUCAUUUACUGGGUCGAUUUUGAUAUGAACAAAAACACGAAAUUGAGCCCGAAAUUUCGGAAUUUCAUUUCAUGGUAGACCACCAGAUAUGUUGUCGUCAGUAACAGAAUUAUCAAACGUAAGGAAUCUGGAAAUUUCUAGUUCAAUACAUUCAGUGGUUAGUGAUAUUCAAUAACCGUUAUACACUCAAGAUCAACUCAGUUCAGAUAGACGCAAAGUAGUUCUCCAAGUUAAUGGGCUGUAUAUUAGAUAUUCAUUAUUAUAGAGUUCAAAAGAAAUACCAGUUAAUAUGAAGGAUACGCGAUCAAAACAUCUUUUCUAGUCUAAUUCGUUUUAUUCUCAUAAUAUUAAAAUGUUAUAACACUUUAGCUCGUUACAUACUCUUACUAUUCAGUUUUAUUCGUUGCAACAUCAAAACUAUUGUCGUCAUAAACUUCGUAAGGAUCUUAUACAAAAUUGCUCGCGAGACGACAAGCGCUUUUUCAUGUUUUAUUAAACUUUUGCCUAACAAUUGUUUUGUUUAGUGAGCGCAAGUUCUGAUACAACAUUAUCAUCGUAAAACAAAUAGGAAUUUUAUUUGCCCUUCAGAAAUAUUACAGAUGCCUUAGUUUACAUGUUUGAAAACUUUUUUUAACAUAGUAAUUUUAUUUAGUCAUAUUAGUUAAAUAAUCAUAUUUUUAGUUGAAGUUAGUUUUAAUUAGCUUGUCGGACAUUGGUUCUUUCUUCUGGUAGGAUUUUAAACGGACUCUGAACUGUUUGCUGACUAAUAACGUUGAUGUAUUUUAUUGAAUUAGGUGUUAUUUUAUAAGACUUCAUACCACUGGCGAUUGGAUUUUGAUUACAUUCGUAUUUAUGUUUUUUGCGCGUGUGAUUAUAUCAUGAACUUAUUGAUCUAAACAUGAAACCGGUUAUGGGCACAACUUCACAAGGCAUGAUGGGAUGGCACGAGCCUAACCAAUUAUGUCAUGGUUGUAUGACUAUGGUGAAUUCUUUAGCUCUCGUUACACCUAUUGCUAUAUAAAACGUGCUACGGCGCAUAUUGAAAUCAUUAAUGUCUGAUUUACAACGAGGUAGUGAUUAUAAAAUCAACUAGAAAAUACUCCAGUUCUUACACAAGUGAACGCUAUUCGGCCGUAAUAACUCCAAACAUCGCAGCCGCUAUUCUCUUUGUGAUAGUACCAUUAUUUUUUCGUAUUAUUUAUUCGCCUAUAUAGUUUUGUUUUAUUAUAUUUUUUAUUAUUUAGCAAAAUUUACGAAACGAGAUCUUGCUGCGGGCUGUCAUUAAUUAGUUAAUAUAGCGAAUAAUGUUAUUAAUGCAAAUACUCUACUCCGCAUAAUUUAUUACGUUAAUAGGUAGAUACAUUGUUUCAUUUACUUGUUGUGCAUACAUAAUGUUAAAUAUCGGAAUGUGAUUAGGUCACGAUGUAGCCAUAUUUAUUGAUAAAGCAGAUGCUUCUCUAAAGGGUCUGCAUAGACUAGAGACUAGAGGCUUUGUUUGUGUACUAUGUUAAAUUCCAUUAGCCCUCAAUUCUAUUUCUAGAAACUUCAAUAAGUUUCCUCCUGUUCAAAACAUCCUGUUCUCAAUUUUGUACGCUACGCAAUAUCUUCGCCAAUUUUGAAUCGAUUUCGAUAAUUUAUUGCGCAUUCGAUAGGAUUUAUGUAAUAUUUUUUUGUGAAGUAAAAUUUCAAACGAUAUCGGGCAUGUGACCUUAUAUGGUUUGUAGCCCUGGACUUUUAUCUUCUAAUCAGGAAACAUAAUUAUAGAGAGCUAUGAAUUCGAUCAAAUAUUUGGGUUGUGGUGUUGUUUGUUAUGUAAUUUACAUUAUUAUCAUUUGUGGUUUGAGCGUUGUAAAAAGUACCUAUUAAUUAUUUAUGUCUGGGCACAGAAACAGAACGGUAGAACAAUAAAUUCCCAAGUUGUGAAACGUAAUUUUUCACAUUGAUAAUUAUUUUUCAUCCAUAUGUACAUUCGUUUUCAUAGUUUCACAACACAAAUGUUUUGUGUUGUGAAAUUGUGAAGAUGAAUCUGCGCUACUGUAAUAACUAGUGUUGCGUCCAUACGUUACGUAGGCAGGCAGACCAUUGUCCCGUUUUUUAAUGAAUAAUGAAAAGGUAACCGCUAAAAGUCUGCGCUAUCGAUAUACAUUGGCGGGGCAUCGGUAAGGGAUAAUAGGUGAGGAUAAAAGGGCAGAUCAGUUAGCCCAUCGUGAUGAAUACACAUGGAGUUCAGGAUUAUGGUUUUCAGGGGGACCACGUGGAAGUCGACGUGACAGGGUAUAUUGCUAGCAAUAGGACUGGUAGUUCGCAUUACUAACAAUCCCUUCCCCCCAUUGUCCUGCUUAGAUAUCCUACCUUAAUAAUGAGUACAUAAUAUUUACAUGACAUUAAUUUUCGUUACUCAAAUUUAUUCCACGCUGUUAGUAUUGAUUCAAUGUUCUAUUUUUAUAACUUUACGUAUAUGAACAUUUUGUUAGUCUUACAUUAAGGGUUAAUGUCCUAACUUCGAGAUUGAUUUUUAUCCAAGUUGUGUCCACAUUGAAAGAUGUUUAACAAACACAUGAUAGCCUGUCUGUUGUGUUUUUCAAGUGUGGUAUUCAUGUAGAUAAGGCUUAAAGUGGAAUAAAUUGACCAAAUUUAUUUGUUUAUACACAUAUGUCUAACUAGCUACACAUGAUGAUGACACUCGUACCGCCUAACAGUCGAUUAAUAUCAUUUCAGCUUUUAACAUUUUUUUUCCGUGAAUUUAUCUGAUAUUAGUUAUUCUGCUAUUUGGAUGCAACUUAGAAUGGCAAACAAGCUGACGGCCCACUUGAUGGAAAGUCGCCUUUAGACAUGAGCAGUACCAUGGACAUAACAGAGUAUACUGUAUCGCCCAUGACACCCCCCAUGCGUUACCAUUCCUGAGGACUUAGGUGUUGUUCCUCUGUACCCUGUAAAUUUACUGCCAUAUCUUACCCUUUAAACUUACUCGUGCCCCGUCAGCGUAUACUGAUACCGCAGAAGGGGUUACAAUUCCAUUAUCAUCCAAAAAAUCCCUUCAAACCGAAACACAACCAUGUAAACACAACUGCUUCACGGUAUAAACACGAAUGGCACAGAGAUGCCCAAGCAAACGACUUUUGUACAAAGUCCCUCUGGUACCUAAUCUGUCUACCUAAUGUAAGUUUGAAUUAAUUUUGGUUGCGUUACGACUAGCUGUUGUAAAAUUGGAAUUAUUGCAUUAUUUUCAUCAUUAGGAAUUAAAUAUAACGUUAUCUGAUGGAUAAAUGGUCGUUUAAUCUCAUGAUAAGAAAUUAUGGUUAUACAAUGAAAGAGAUAAAAGAGACUUCUAAAAAAACUGAUGGUCAAUUAUAAAUAACUAUCUAUAAUUAUUAAAUCAAUGUCCUCUGCCCCAUCUAAACAAUUUUCAUAUCGAUUGAGCAAACAGAGAAUAUUAGUCAUUCCCAAUUAGCACAUCUAUUGUGUCUGAAAUAUCAGUCGUCGAAGAUUUUUUUGUCUUUAAUAUAUCACUUAUCUAUCUUUUUAAAGGUUGACGUUAUAUUUGUCUCAAAUUGAGGUCUCCACAAAUAUGUGAGACUGUCAACUUUAUUGUGGUUAUUUAAUCACAUAGGCAAAUAAGUGCAUCAGUGUUCGAUGGCCGAUUACUCAUACUACCGUAAUAGAUCUAAUUUGUCACCAUUUUAAUGCUUAGUAAAUGUGGAUUGGUUAUCAACAAAUAUUUUCUCAAAUUUAAUGUUUACUUGGAUGUCCUGUUGAGAUAAUAUUUUUACUAUUGUAUAAUAUACAUAAUGUAUUAUAUAUGAAUAGGUAUUUAAGUGUAAUUAAAAUAUGGAAUAUUAGGGGCUAUUGACCUCUGCAUAAUGCAGGUUCAAACUCGGACAGUUACGAAAUUUUGUCAUUCACAGGAUCAGAAUAUAUUUUAAUAAUACUAUGAAUACGGAAAUAGUUUUGUCUUUUAUUGUCAAAAUAAUUAAUAGAUUUACAUAUAUUUCUGUAGAGAAUACUCGAAGUACGUAAGCCAAUUAGGUUAUUUUUGCAAUGAAAUAUAUGCUACUUAUAAAACUUUUAACAAUAAGAGUUUGUUUUUUGUUUUGUUCAACUAUUCGUCAUAAAGUACACACAUGGUGUUCGAGAUGUAGAAUGACAUAGCUAUCAUUUAUUUCGGUCACGCGGACAAUGUCGGGGUUAAAAACUAGUCAAUUGAUAAUUACCAAGCGUCUAAUCAUAAAAUACUAAGUAAAUCACUAAUAUUGGGCCAGAAUUGGUAAAGAAUAUUGCAUAAUUUACACAAGAGUAAACGAAUCGAUAUGGGACAUCUUUUUUCUUUUCUGUUAAAAUCGAUUGAAAUUGAGAACUUAACUUUUCUGUUUUGACCAACAGAGACAAAUGUGAAUUAUUACAUUAUAUAAUGCUAAUGAAAAUUAACUUACUAAAUACCAAUAUUAGUACCGCUGAGAGUCAAGAUAGCUUCUAAAAAGGAUUAGGAGAGCCAAUCGUGACUUGAGCUUGGCGAUUUUACCAAUCUUACCAUAAUUAUACCAUAUUAUAAUAAAAUGAGAACAAACAUAUACUUACAAAAUUAUCUUAGCCUAAGAUAAACACAUUUAAAAAGCAUGCUCGGCGUUUCAAGAACAAGUAAUUUUUUUUGAGAUGGUGAAGCAGGUCAAGACUGCUACCAGACUACCCCCAAAAACAUACACAGUUUGAUAGGUUAUUGACAAUUUUAUUAAAUACAUUUAUUCUUUAUUUUUAGUUUAUUUAAUUAAAUGACUAAAACCUAAAACUAAACCUUGUAAUUGUACACCAAACUCGUUCUGGGUCUCGCUCUGUUGGGUCUUGUGGCGGUGAAUGCGUAAUCACAUACUGUGGUCUGUAUUAUUGGCGGUAUUCAAAUUAUGUAAUAAGUUAUAUCUAAAAUAUAAAGAUGGCUUAGUCAUUAUUUAAUAAAGAUGUAAGUAAUAGAGAAUAAUAAAGCUUUCUGGAUGAAAGUGUUCAUUUUUAUUGCGGCCAAAUACAACGAAUUAUCCAAGACACGUGUUAGAGCUUUGCCACAAUAAUGCUAGUGAAAAUGUGAAAUAUUUUUUUCAAUCAAAUAUACCAAGACAUUAUUAUUGUGACAAGGUACCUGAAAAUUAUUUUUAUAUUAAUUACUCGCAUGUCUAUCUAAUCAUAAAGUCGUAAAAGAUCCUGUCUUGAUCUUAUUAUCUGAAAUUAUCCAGUAUUGAUAAAGUUUAUGUUAAAAAAGUAUUAAUGUAAAAGACAAAAGUUUGAGUUUAGUUCUUGGUCAUUGUCAAGCUUUUUAAUAGUGACUAAAAACAAUUUAUAUAAUAAUAACAUUGAGUUAAUAACAUUGUUUGCUACCUAUGUUGUAACUAUAUUUAUUCUAAUUAUUAGAAUUAAUGUCUAUAUCAUAUUUUUGUCAUGAAAUGACGGAAUCACGAAUUGAUGUACCUAAUAUUACGUGAUGUGGGAAGAGUUGUAAAAUUAUAGAAAGAAAUUUAAAGUAUAUUGUAUUAGGCACUCGUAAAUUAUAAAUAGUUGUCAUUUCCUGUUAAUUUGUAGCUUUUUUCAAUGUAGUUAAAUUGCAAUUUACUAACAAGAUUAGCACAGUUUAAUAUAUUAAAGUGGCCAGGUGCAUUUUAUCUUUGUACCCUUUUAAGAGAAAGGACAAAAUGUUAUGUUUUGAAAUGUGAACAAAACUUUGAUUUGAUAAUUUAGAUUUGAAUGUAAUAUGAUGCACUUUUGCUUGCUUUAACCGUUUGUUUACUACAAUGUAUAUAGCAAAUAUAUCAAAGAAUAUUUUUUCUCUCUGCCAUUCUUGGCAUAACUUCAUUUGGCGUUCAUUUUACUCGUAUAGUCGACAGGGUUUAUUCCUGUGCUAGUUUUAUAUUAAUUGUAACCAAUGUUUUUGUUCCAAAUAAAGAAUUAUUAUUGUUAUUAUUUUGUCUUGAUUGAAAUAGCUCUUUUUUUGGAACAAAUACCUCUCUUAUUUAACUCUAAACUUUUGAUGUUUACACAAAGAUUAUAGUGAUAAAUAAGCUUGAGUAACUUUGUAGUCAUUCACUACUGGGUACUUACACGAAAUCAAAGAAAUCCCUACUAAUUCAAAUGUACAUUACUGCAUUAAUGUGCAAAACAAUUCUACAGUUGUAUUUUUGUUGCAAUAUACAUUUUGUAUUUAGUAUUAUAUGUAAAUAAGCUUUUAACUAAAAUAUGUUUUAAUAAAUUGUUUUGUAAAA